AUGACCUCCUCACCCGCCGCUGCCCCCUCUCCCCUGGCUCGCACACCCACGACGCCGAAUCUAGCGGCACCCGAGCCGCCCUCGCCGACGGCCAGCACCACCAGCGAAGUUUCCCUCGUCCGCCGCGCCGCCACGCGAACACGCGCCCGGUCGCGCGGGCAGACGCUCAGCUCGCCUGGCAGGGGACGCACGGGCGCGCCCGACAACGUCCCGGUGGUCCCAGCCAGAACGCCGUCCGCGAGCGCCAAGGCGGAGUCUUUAGCCGCUUUCGGCGAGCUGCUCGAUAUCGUGCAGCGGGCGCGGGCGGGGCAUCCUCCCGUUCGUCCGGAGCGCUCGCCCAUGCGUGGGGCUGCGCAGGGAUACGGUCAAAGGCCACCUUCAUCAGCACCGGUGGAGGAUCCGGACAGCCCGCGCGGCCGGGCGUUCGCGCUCGGUAGCGUAUCGGAGUCGAGCGUGGUGCGUAUCUUCUUCAUAUCCGUCUCUUCUUCGCACCCUCCCCUCCGCUGCGUCGAUACCGCUGCAAAGCGCGGCGUAAGCCUCCCCCGUCUACCUUCACGUACAGGCACACGUGACGGCGGCUCGUCCUCCGCUUCGUCUUCUAUACCGAGCCUGCCUACACCUGUCCAUAUCAUCGGACCAGGACCUCUUCGACACGCGCGAAUCAAUUCUGACGAGACAGCGCAGACGGGCACAUCAUCCUCGCUUUACCCGCUCUCCUCCGCCUUUUCGCGCUCUGGGCUCGCCUCGCCCACCACAAUCGAAGAACACGAGCUCGAACACGAUCGCCGCCUCCCCGCAAUAGCCGACAUGGGCACCAAGUCGGUCGAGGGCGACGUGGACGACAUCGCCUACCGCCUCCAGCUCCUCGUCAAGAACAGCUACUUCCUCCCGCCCGCGCACGCCAAGCCCUCCCCCGCCGACUUCCUCCCUCCCACGACGACACCCACCUCCGCGCACCCCGACACCACCAAAAAAUCGCCCGGCUUCCUCGACCUCUUCCGCGUCGGUAGGGGAAAGUCGUCCAAACCCGGCACGCCCACGGGCAGCCCCGGCAUCGAGCAGCCACCCCCGGUUCUGCGCACCACGUCGGACUCUUCCACCGCCUCUGGCCACGUCCCGCGCCCGGCCCCGCAGGCUGGCAAAGCUGUCGCCUCGACGCCCAUACCACCCCUCCCUGCUCCCACGCGCGUCGUCGUCGUUCGUGAGAAGAUGGACGACCUCCGCCUCGCCGCCAAACAGUCCGAACGCGAUCUCAAAGCGCGUAAAGACGCCCAACCACCGCCCGCCGCUGCCCCGUCCGAGUCGAACGCGGAUCCUGCCUCCUCCCCGGGCGCGUUCGUCGACCCCACGGACGUCGUCGAUCUCCCGCUGCCCGGCCCGGGCUACCCCUUCGCCGUGCAGACCUCUGCGUUGCAUGGUCUCGGCGUCGGCGAGAGCGUCGGCGCCGCCGUAUUGGCGGAGCGCCUGCCGCCGGGGACACCUGGGGUGUGGUCGACGGACGAAUCCUUCCGCGAGCGGCAAAAGCAGAAAGCCGACGAGGGUGGGUGGCGCAAGGCGCUGCUGCACGAGGCCGUGCAGCUCUCGCUCAGCGGCCCGGACUCCUCGUCCGCGAGCUCGCACCGGCGCAUGAAGUCUUCCUCGUCGUCGUCCGUGCCGCCCAGUCCGGGCCCAUCGUCGCGGGGGCCGCAGUCGCCGUCGCUGGCCUCGGGAUCCGGACACGGACACGCCGUGGAGAAGCUCGACCAGCGGAUCAUCGACUUGCCCCGGAUGGACAGCAUACCCGAGGUGCCGCACGCGAAGCCGCCGGCGACGCCCCCCUCGCCUCGCCACGGCUACAAGGAGCAGAAGCGGGACCGCGCGCACCUGUCACCGCUGCAGACGCAGACGCUGCGCUCGUCCCUGUACGCGCCGCAGAGGUCUGAGACCCCUGCGGGCCCGUCGACACCGCUCGCGCCGCCGCCCCGGAAGGGGCAGGGGCAGGGGCAGGGCCUGCUUACGCUGUUUAGCAGCCCGCAGCACUCGCACUCGCAGACGGACCUGAGCUCCGGUUCGCCGCGUGGGGAGGCGGACGCGUCGCGCAGCUCGUCGCAAUUGUCGGUCGGCGGCCAGCUGAGGAAGACGGCGUCGACGCCUCUGCUGUCCGCGAGCUCGCAGGAGCGGGAACGGGGAAGAAGGUCGUGGAUGGAUACGCCGCCGCUGCCUCGACGGACGAGAACGUCGCCCUCGCCCAUGCCCUCGCACAGCGACGCGUUCCGGACGGCGACGAACAGCGUGAUAUACUCAGAAACGGACGCGAGCGAGAGCGACGCGCCGUACGUCACCGCGUUCAACUCGGAGGCGGCGUUGCCGGGCCGGCCGUCGGUCUCGGUCUCCCUGUCGCCCUCCGAGCAUGACCUCCCGAGGCCGUCCCUGUCCAUGAGCGAGUACUCACAGCCGUCGCCGACGGUGUCCGCCUUCAGGGAUGCGAUACCGGAAGGGCACGCAUGGGACGCCCCCGGCGCGGGCGGGGCCGCAGAAGCGCUCGCGCAGGUCGCUCAGGACGCAGCGCGCUACUACGUCGUGUCCCCGCCACCGCGCACGUCCUCCGCGCUAGACCGCGUGCCGACGCUCUCCCCCGCUCCGCGCAGGCGGGCCGACACCGCGCGUACCGCGCCGUCACCGACCACGGCCAGCGCCUCGCUCUCGCCUUAUUUGACCCGUCGGCCGAACACCGCCGACGCCACACCGGCGGCCGGGUCGUCGCACUCGCUCCCUAAUUCGUCCUACCAUUCCCUUUUUCCCACCUCCCGCGCCCCCUCUCCCGUGCCCACGCCCAUUCCGGAAAUCCUCGCACCAGAACCGGCUACGCCGCCUUUCCCGGAAACGCCGCAGACGGCGCCGUCCUCGUCCGCGUCGUCGUCCUCGAUGCCGCGCUCGAUCGCGGCGCGUCGUUCUCGCCCGGAUCUCGCCGCGAUCUCCCUCGCGCCCAUCCUCGCCGGACGGUACGAGUCGCCCGCGAUCCACUCCGCGCCGCCGCCGGCGAGUCCGGCCGACUUCUUCGACAGCAUCGAGGCGCGGCCGAACGCGCUCGACGAACUGGACACCUCCUCGGAGAGCGAGGGCGAAGAAGACGAGAACGCGGUAGCCGACGUGGGCACGGGCGCGAGCAGCGUGGCGGGGGGGUCGGUGUACGGCGACGCGCGGACGCGGACGAUCUCGAUCGCGUCGUCGUCGUCGCGGUCGCGGCCACAGCCCUCGUCGUUUAUGCGGCUCGGCAACCAUUCGUCGCCGCACGUGUCGCGCGUCAGCUUCGCGACCGCGAGCAGCGGCGGGGGCGGGAGCCGCGCGUCGGCGGACGCGGAGCGCGAGAGGCGUCGACCUGUGGGCAACGUCCCGCCCAAGCCGACGUUCUUCUCCCGUCGGAAGGAACAGAUCGCGCCCGCGCCCGCGAUCGUCCUGCAGCAGCAGCGACAGCGACAGCCGGCGGAAGCUCCGUUCGCCGAGACGGCCCCGGCGCAAGCGCAGACGCGCCAGUCUGCCGACAGCGCGCGGUCGAACCGGUCGAAGUUGGCGCCGAGCCCGUCGAUAAGGAGGUUGGAGGGUAUGCUGCAGCAGCACAUGGAGGCCGAACGGACCGCGAUCAAGAGGAUCACCACGACGCAUUCGACGGGCUCGCAUCAAGGGCACGAAUGAGGGAUGGCUCCAUAGCGCUUGCUCCCUCCUCGCGGUCGUUGCCCCGGAUAUACCCUCCCAACCAUCUUCCCUCUCCUAUCUUCCUCUCCCUCGCGUAGAUGUACAUGACUGAUCAAGUUAUCUUGGAGGCCGAGGUGAUACACUCUUAGGUAGACUCAUCUCCUUUCUCGUCUGCUCUUCUCGGUUUUUACGUUGCUGCUGCUGUAGCUAGUUCGCGGAUGUGCAGUGCGCCGUCCCUUCAUUCCAGCUUUUACCACACGCAUCGCUUUAUUCAUUCAUUGCACCGAUGUUGUUCGUCACCACACCAACGCUGGUCUUUUAACCAGAUGCCCUCUCAUUACCCUGUAACUUACAGCCUCUCUAUACCAAC